CAGAGUUCAAUAAUUGCUGCUAAAAUGCGAAAAUAACAAGUGAUCCUGCGUUCAAAACAAUUGAAAUGUGUAGGAUUUGAUGCUGAAAUUUUGAAAUAAUUAUUAAAUUGACUUUUCUUUGACAGCGACAAGCGAAAUAAUGGAAAUAAAACAAUAAUAUCAUGUUGUGGUAAAAACAAACAAACAAACAAACAAAACAAAACAAAAAGAAGGAUCUAUAUUGGUCAAAGACUUUGCAACAUUUUUUUCCUUUGUUCCACAGUUAUGAAUUUAAAUGUAAAGAAAUUAUAUUCGAUAACAUGCAUUCAGGACAUCUCACAUUUAAAUCCCCUCCAUGCUUGUGCUUGUAUGUGUCCGUGAAUCUCAAUAAAGCUUUGGCGUUUUGAAGCAUCAUGGCGGCUUGCACGGUGCCUGUAGCUGUCAGAUGCUCAAUUAAGUUUUUAUUCAAAGAUACAGCGCUGACCUCAAAGAAGAUUUGCCGUCUGACAUUCAAUUUCACGGGAAAAAGUUACACUAGUUGGAGGACAUGCAGUUCAUCUUCAUCAUCCUGCUCCUCUGAGUCUCCAGCAGCUGUUUCUACCUUUGCUGAAACUAUUGGACACUAUGAUCACCUCGUUCAGUGUGGUUCCCUGAGGAAAGAUGCUCAGCAGAGACAUGUCCUACAGCAGCUGGCCCAGCUGCAACAUACCCUGAAGAAGUACAGUAACAGCAUCUACCUGAGCCCAUCUCCUCCAAGACUAGACUCAAAAGAUGUCAAGAGUCAACUUCAGAAAGAUAAAGCCCCCGACAUUACCACAGCUGAAAAGAAAGGUGGCGAAUCAGCUGAUAAGGAAGUACCUGCUCCACGACCACCCAAGGGCUUCUAUAUCUACGGAAAUGUUGGCACAGGGAAGACCAUGCUUAUGGAUUUGUUUUACUCCCGUGUGGAAAACACCCAUAAAAAAAGAGUUCACUUCAAUGGCUUCAUGUUGGACAUCCACAGAAGGAUCCAUCGGAGGAAACAAAGCCUGCCAAAACGAAGUCUAGGGAAUAUGUUCACCUAUGACCCCAUAUCACCGGUUGCCAUGGAGAUCAGCAAUGAAACCUGCCUCUUGUGUUUUGAUGAGUUUCAGGUGACGGACAUCGCUGAUGCCAUGAUCCUGAAGCAGCUCUUCGAGACGCUGUUCAAGACCGGAGUGGUGGUGGUGGCCACUUCCAACAGACCCCCUGAUGAUCUGUACAAAAACGGACUUCAGAGGGACACCUUCCUACCUUUCAUCGACGUGCUGAAGGGCACGCUGAAAGACCCACAGAGAGCGAGAGAGAGAGAGAGUGAGAGGAAGGAGUACUGCCAAACCAUCUGCUUAGACGCUGGGAUUGACUAUAGGACGCUGGACAAUGUUGCAGCGGGGAAACUCUACUACCUCACUGGGGAGCCUGGUGCGGAGGCCUUCAUGGAUGCACUGUUUGAGGAGCUGGCUUUAAGACAAAAGAGCAUUACAGGUCCUCAGGUGCUCACAGUGCUGGGCAGGGAUGUGACUCUGGAAAAGACCUGUGGCUCCAUCGCCGACUGCACUUUUGAAGAGCUGUGUGGCAGACCUCUGGGUGCCAGUGACUACCUGGAGAUGGCACGGCUCUUUGACACUGUAUUUAUCCGCCACGUUCCAAGGCUGACGCUGACACUGAAGGACAAGGCCAGACGUUUCACCACCCUCAUAGACAACUUCUAUGACAACAAGGUGAGAGUGGUGCUGCUGGCGGCGGCUCCUUUAGACCGGCUGUUUGUCCACUCUGGAGGGGAGGAUGAGAGGGACCGACAGCUGCUGGACGACCUGGGCCUCAGCGGGGAGGCAGCAGAGCGACUGACUCUGUUCACUGCCGAGGAGGAGAUCUUUGCCUUCCAGAGGACCGUCUCCAGACUGAUGGAGAUGCAGACCGAGUCGUACUGGGUGGAGGGAGACCGCAGUCACAGCAAUAAACACAUAAACACCUAACAUCCAGUUCUGACUGCCAGGAUAAUUAUAUACCUCCCGACAACUCAGUACCUCACUAAAUACUGACGCUGCAUAAGCAAAAGCUCCUAUUUAGCAGAAACAGAACAGAUCAAGUCUAUUUUGGGCGACCAAAGCUAAAUGUUUUAGGGAAUAAGCGGCAGUUUACUUCAAUUGGUAUCCAUAGGAAAUAUAGAACUACGUAAAACUGGAUACCUGUUUUCCAUUGGAUUGAACUUCUCUUCAUCUUAUGCAUGUGUGUUAUAUCUUUUUACUGUUUGGUCCUAUUCUGAGAGGUGUCCUCUCUCCCCCUUCAGGACUAUUUAUUUUAAAUAGUACAAAAAGCUCUCCAGCAUGUGUGAAACCCUGACAGGUGCUUCUUUCAAGGAAAGAAAGGGGACCAAGUGUCCUUCACAGUAGUUGGCUACCACCCUCUAGUGGUGAAAGGGAAAAAUGUUCUCAAGCUCUUUCUGUUGUUAUGGAGCUACACCAGUGCCUGUGCAGUUUGAAAAUAAACCUAAACUGUGUGAAACCUGGUGUGAAUUUAAAAUGUUAUGCAUGAUGUUAAUCUACGUUUUUAAUGAAUGAGCCCAGAAUUUUGUAUUCAGGGAACGGAUGAGUCAUCUCUAUGUUCAGCUCAGUAGCUGCUAGCCUGGCAUUGAUUCUUAAUCAAGUAGAACUGAUCUUGAUUUUGACUCACACUUUACCAGGAUGGUUUGACUACAGUUGCUAUUUCUAACACUGUACUUUGUUUCUAUCAGAAGUACAGGCAAGGUUUGAACUCUUGAAUCUAGACUUUUAAAGAAGUAGUGUAACGUGGGUGUGUCCAAUGUCAUAGAUUAAAAAAGUAGGUCCUUCAACCAAAACGUUCACUUUUUUGUCACAAUUAUUUCACAUUUCGUCAGCUUUUGCACAUGUAAGAAAUGUAUGUUUUUUCAUCUAAAGAAUCUUUUCUACUUUUUUUUUUUUUUCAACAUGCAGGCAUUUUUCUAUGAAAUGAGACUGGAGGUAUGCCAAAAUAUUUUAUAUUAUACACUUUGUUGAUUCCUAUAGUUUUGAAUUCAGUGCAGUUUGCAGGUAAUUAAAGAUAAACUGUCUUUGCUGUAACAUGUGCACUAGUAUUUUAUUUUUAUAGUGUGGGUUUCUAUGAUUCUCACUCAGUUGUUCUCUGCUGUAAAUAUAUUAAAGGAUAAAGGAUAACCUUGACUUUUGUUCGAGAAAAUAUAGAAUACUCUCAUAAUCUGAAUUUCAUUUAUAUUUGAAGGGCAGACUUUUUUUUUUUUACUCCGUGGUGUAACUCCAUCCUGUGUGCCUGUAGGUGGCAGCAGAGGGUAACCAAUUGCUAGAAGGUUUGUUAUUG